AUGGAUGCUUGGGAGCUUGGCCCUCCUGCGGCAAGACCGAUGGCGAAGCGUGUUGCUGUGGGGACCGAGAAGGACAUGGCAAAGGCCGUGCAUCUCAUCGCAAGGUUGUGCCCCAAGAACUCUCUUGAAGUAAGACAACUCCAAGCUGCCUGCUUCGUGAUGUUCAUUCUCCCCAAAGCCUGCCCAUACGUCCAAGCAGUGGUCAAUGCCACGAAGCAGUAUGCGGACAAGGCUAAGGGCGCGCAGUCGGGCAAGUGUGAACCUCCACCAGGAGAGCCUCAUGUACAUGCUUGGGCGGCGCUGUUGAGGGUGGCAAUGGACGACGAGGCUCUCAACACAGAUGACCGACAGGCCAUUGAGCAACAUCGUGCAGUGUCGACAGACCCGCUCAUCAUGUCCGGCAUCGUGUAUGUGUGCAAAGUCCGCAAAGCUUUUGACCGAGACAGCAUGAAGAUGUUUUUCUCGGUGCAUCGUGAUGCGGAGCCGUCCUUGACGGCUUUGACGAAGGGGCUGAUCCAUGCCGGCGGCAGGCUCAAGCGUGGACAGGCCCCAAGAAGCGGGCUGGAGAGAGAAGUUCAAGAAGUGGUAGAUCACUUGACCGAGAUCUUGGGAGGGAAAUGA